AGCGGCACACAGAUUGCGAGGCUUCACUAUCGGCGUGCCGAUAUUGACUAUUGCCCGGGUUCGCAGCAGAUUGCAGGACGCACCCCAGCAUUCCGCCACAGACACUCAUUCCACAAAACCAACUUUAGCAGCUUCGGUUGUUGAUCUGUUGGUCUUCGACUGCACUCUUCAAUCCAUUCACUUGCAUUUCUCCGCCGAGGUUGUGAGCUUGCAACGUCGACGACAAGGACGACCACCCACCCGACCACCUCUAUCAUCAUGAAGUCCACUAGCAUCCUGGCGCUAUGCGCUGCCACACUCGCAGCUGCGACACCGUACGUUGAACACGGCAGUCAUUGGAGGUUGCGGCGCUAACGUAUUACCAGUGUGAAGAGACAAUCAGGCCCUUCAGGCUGGAACUGGAGCGGCGAAACGAUGCGAGGUGUCAACCUGGGCGGCUGGCUGGUGCUUGAGCCGUGGAUCACACCCAGCAUCUUCCAGGCGUACCCGAACUCACAAGGCAUCGUGGAUGAGUACACCCUCUGCCAAUCCCUCGGCACCCAGGCCUGCCACGACAACGUGCUGAAGCCACAUUGGGACUCAUGGGUGCAGCUCGCCGACUUCCAAAAGAUCGCCAACUCCGGCUUCAACCUUGUCCGUAUCCCUGUAGGUUACUGGGCGUACGACAACAGCAACUCGCCCUACGCCAGCGGUGCGGCACCGUACAUUGACCAAGCCAUUACGUGGGCCCGUCAGGUUGGCGUCAAAGUCAUCAUUGACCUCCACGGCGCUCCUGGCUCCCAGAACGGCUUCGACAACAGCGGUCAGCGCCUUGGUGUGCCCGGCAGCGUCCCGGGCUCUCCCCAGUGGCAGAACGGCAACAACGUCCAGAUGACGCUCAACGUCCUCCAAACCAUCUCCCAGAAGUACGGCGCCUCUUCGUACAACGAUGUCAUCGCCGGUAUUGAAUUCCUCAACGAGCCGCUACUGUCCGACCUCAGCUUCUCCGAAUACGAGGACUUCGUCCGAAACGCAUUCAACCAGCUUCGUGAGACAUCCCAGACCGUGACCGCCAUUGUCCAGGACGGCUUCGACUCGCCCGCUGCCUACAACGGCUUCCUCACCCCCUCGGACAACAACUCCCAGUGGGUUGCCAUCGACCACCACGAAUACCAGGUCUUCACCAACGAGCUCGUCUCCAUGGUGCCGUGGCAACACCGACAGUACACUUGCAACAACGUCGGCAGCUACACCGGCGCGGACAAGUGGUCGUUCAUCGGCGAGUGGAGUGCGGCCAUGACUGACUGUGCUGCCGCGUUGAACGGUUACCUCAUCGGCGCGCGUUACGACGGCACCUACCCGGGCUCCUCGUACGUCGGAUCCUGCGCCAACAUCAACUUCAUGGAGACAUGGAGCGCGGACAUGAUCUCCGACACCCGCGCAUACAUCGAGGCGCAGAUGGAGGUGUACGAGCACUACACCAACGGAUGGAUCUUCUGGAACUUCAAGACCGAGGCCUCGCCCGAAUGGGACGCCUUCCGCCUGAUCGACGCCGGCAUCUUCCCGCAACCACUCACCAGCCGCCAGUUCGGCCAGAUCUGCACCUACUGA